CAAAUUCAAUUCCUCUCUGUUGAAAUUUAAAACUUAAAGAACACAAUAGGGUUACGACAUACAAAUUCUCUGCCGGUUUCGGUGAACUCUAUCGGUUUUGGUCCUCUCUGUUGGAAGAAAUAAUGGCGUCGCCUACGGGUUUACCUCAAGAAAUGCAGCCAUAUUCUGGAGGACCAUCAGAGGGAUCUUCAACUGCAAUUGCUAGUGCUGCUUCAGUUUCUGGUGGCACUGUAACUGGGCCAAUGCAUGAACCUUCUCAAGUUAAAUUUUCAAAUGUUUCUGAUUUCGCCAUUCCGCCUUUGACAUCCUCUUACAAUGCUGGAGGGUCUCAGCAGUCAACAUCAUCUUCUGUCAUUAACUCAAAUCUAUCAACAUCACCAGUGGUCAUUCAACCUCCGGUACCUGGGUUGUCUUCUUCUUCAGGCCCCUCAUUUUCAUAUAACAUUUCACAGACGCCUGUUGGUUUCCUUGCUAACCAGCAGUUCAAUUCUAUUAUGAAUACUUCAUCUGCUGCUGCACAAGCUGGUCCUGUAUCAUCUGCUUCAACCAGCUCUCAGUCUUUAAAUAAUUCUUCUAGUUCUGCUGCAGUGGUUGCAUCUUCAUCUAGUAAAGUUGGUCCAACUUCAUGGAUGCCCACUGUCUCAUCCUUUCAUGUUCAACCAGGAUUAUCAGGAGCUCCAGGGACACCAGGCCCUCCUGGACUAAUGCCAUUCCCACCGAAGAAUGCUUCAUCGACAAUUAUGGAUUCAAACUCUUCUGCAGUAUGGAGACCCAGUGUGUCAACUGCUCCUGCUCCAUCAAAUCAAGCUGUUCAGCAUCCAAUAUACCCUACCCAUCCAUCCUUACCUCCUAUAAGUGGUUCCUCUCAGGGACACUGGUUGCAGCACCCACAGAUGGGUGUCAUGCCUAGACAGCCUUUUUUGUCAUAUCCUGCUGUUUAUCCUCCUCCCUUUCUUUUGCCGUCACGUGGCAUGCCUCAUCAUUCUGUUCCAUCAAAUGAUUCUCAAUCUCCUGGUGUUUCUUCUGUGGCAACUGUUGGUGCAACUCCCACAUCUUCUGCAGCUUCAGGGCAAAUAGUAGUUGGUGCUUCAGAGAUGCAGACAGAACCACCUCCUUCAGGAAUCGAUAACAGGGAAUGUGUGCAUGAGUUUGAUGCAAAGGCGGGAUCUGCUGUCAAUGAACAAGUAGAUGCAUGGACAGCCCACAAGACUGAUACAGGAGUUGUCUACUAUUAUAAUUCUGUAACAGGAGAAUCAACUUAUAACAAACCUGCUGGCUUUAAGGGGGAGGCUGACAAAGUUUCUGUGCAACCAACUCCAGUUUCAAUGGAGUAUUUGGCUGGCACAGACUGGGCAUUGGUUACAACAAAUGAUGCUAAAAAGUAUUACUACAACAGCAAAACCAAGGUAAGCAGCUGGCAGAUCCCCUUUGAGGUGACAGAAUUGAGAAAGAAGCAGGAUGAUGGCAUUUCAAAUGAUCAUUUAAAGUCAGUGCCAAAUACUAACAUCAUGAUUGAAAAAGGAACUACUCCAACCACUUUGAGUGCUCCAGCUGUUAACACAGGUGGACGUGAUGCCACAACUCUGAGAACCUCUGGGCCAGGAUCAUCAUCUGCCCUGGAUUUGAUCAAGAAGAAGCUGCAGGACUCUGGAACUCCUGUUACUUCCUCAGCUGCUCCACUUGCAUCAGGGGCAGUGGCCUCAGAAUUAAAUGGCUCUAAAGCUGUUGAGGUUGCAAUGAAGGGCUUGCCAAAUGAUAACAGCAAAGAAAAGUUAAAAGAUGCUAAUGGGGAUAGUAAUUUGUCUGAUUCUUCUUCAGAUUCAGAGGAUGAAGACAGUGGACCAUCGAAGGAGGAGUGCAUAACUAAAUUUAAGGAAAUGCUUAAGGAAAGAGGUGUGGCACCAUUCUCAAAAUGGGAGAAGGAAUUGCCAAAAAUAGUAUUUGAUCCUCGUUUUAAGGCCAUCCCAAGUCAAUCAGCAAGGAGGGCCUUGUUUGAACACUAUGUUAAGACACGAGCUGAGGAGGAACGUAAGGAAAAACGAGCAGCUCAGAAGGCUGCAAUAGAGGGAUUCAAGCAGUUACUUGAAGAAGCAGUAGAGGAUAUUGACCACAACACUGAUUAUCAGACAUUCAAAAGGAAAUGGGGCAGUGAUACACGGUUUGAGGCCUUAGACCGCAAGGAUCGAGAACUUUUAUUGAAUGAAAGGAUCCUUCCAUUGAAGAAGGCUUUCGAAGAAAAAGCUCAAGCAAUACGUGCUGCAGCCGCCUCUAGUUUCAAGUCUAUGCUUAAAGAAAAAGGGGACAUAACUGUCAGUUCCCGCUGGUCCAAGGUGAAGGAGAGUCUGAGAAACGAUCCAAGAUACAGAUCUGUUAAGCAUGAAGAUAGGGAAGUUAUAUUCAAUGACUAUGUAUCUGAACUGAAGGCUGCAGAAGAGGAAGCAGAAAGAGAAGCAAAAGCCAAAAGGGAAGAGCAGGAGAAACUGAAGGAAAGGGAGCGAGAAUUACGGAAAAGGAAGGAAAGAGAGGAACAAGAAAUGGAGAGGGUGCGAUUGAAAGUCCGCAGAAAGGAGGCAGUCACAUCUUUUCAAGCUUUGCUUGUGGAGACAAUCAAAGACCCUCAGGCAUCAUGGACAGAAUCAAAGCCUAAACUGGAAAAGGAUCCUCAAGGACGCGCAACAAAUUCUGAUUUAGAGCCAUCUGAUACAGAGAAGCUUUUCCGGGAACAUGUGAAGAUGCUUUAUGAGCGAUGCGUUCAUGAUUUCAAAGCUCUUUUAGCUGAAGUCAUGACUGCAGAAGCAGCUGCCCAAGAAACAGAAGAUGGAAAAACUGUUCUUAAUUCAUGGUCAACUGCUAAACGUCUUCUGAAGCCUGAUCCCAGAUAUAACAAGAUGCCAAGAAAGGAAAGAGAGGCUUUGUGGCGUCGAUAUGCUGAAGAUAUGCUGCGCAGGCGAAGUCAACAUGAGCAAAAUGAAGAUAGGCAUAAAGAUGCAAAAUCUAGAAGCUCUGCUGACGCUGGGAGGUCAACAUCAGGAUCAAGGAGAAACCGUGAGCAGAGAUAGCUUCCCUUUUGCAUGGCAAACUUGACUGUUGGUAGAGUUGACUAAUUUUUAGGUUUUGAAUGCUUAUUGUUUGCCGCCAGCCUCUAAUUUACAUAGUGUUCUAUUAUAUGAACUCAGUUAAAUAUUUUUAUUUAUAAUAAAUUAAUAGGAUUGCAACAUUGAUAUUUUCA